UGUCGCUCCCCCUCUCGCGGAGGAACGACACAGGACCCUGCGCUGUUCUUUUGUCUGCUCAGCCCUUCCCGGGUUUGCUGCUGGUCCUUCCCGGGUUGGCUGGCAACCCCUCCACCUCCGUGGUUCCCCCUGCCACUUUCCCCACUUCCACGGGGGAGCGGCACACCGCCGGCCGGCUCUCUCGGGUGCUGCACAGGUGUUCCUUCAGAUAGAUGUUCCUCGUGCAUGUUGUCUCUCUCCUCCUUUAUAGUCCUCUUCCGCCAAUCCCAACUCUGCUACCCACAUGCCGAGUACGCUGCUCUCCUCCAAUCAGGAGCAGGAUCAGCUCCUGCAGGUUAUUGGUUGAACUGGAGGCAGCUGUGUAGAAGUUGUUUACUUCUCUCCCAGCACCAUAUUGUGGGAGAGCAGAUGCAUAGAAUAAGUCUUAAUUCCAGUAACUUAGUCUAGUCUGAGUUGCUCCCCACAAAUACUUUUUAAUUUAGAGAAAAGAAACAUAUUCUACAAGAUUUCCUGUUGGAUACUAAUUGGUUCCAUUCUAGAUACUAAAAGUUAAAAGUCCUUUUGAAAAAAUUUUCCAUAAUUUAGAUUGAUUUUCUCUAUUCAAAAACCAGUGAAUCAGUUGUUUUAUUGUUGUAAUAACACUUUAGAGUUUACAUAUUUUUAAAAUAUCCUGUUUUUGAUUUAAAUAAAAUCUGUGACAACUGGCAAUUUCAUUUCAGGUAUAUACGCAAAUGGACCAAGGUCAAAGGUAUAAAGGUUACAACACUCUGUGCUGAUGAAAGACGCUGCUGAUCCUAUAACAUGGAGGAUUGUCUUCAUACCUCAUCUGAGAAUCUGUCCAAAUUGGUCAGCUGGGCCCACAGCCAUGGGACCAUUUGCAGCCUCAUUCCAAACCUGAAACACCUGCUUUCUGAAGGUUCCCAUGGGAACCUGACAGCAAUGUGGGGCUGUAGCGCAGGCCAUGCCUACCACUGGCCACUAACAGCUACUUGCAGAGCUGGGUCCCAAGAGAGAGUCUGUUUCCAGGAUAAUAGAAGUUUUAACUCUGAUAGUCCCAGUAUAAUCGGGGUGCCUUCUGAGACGCAGACUAGCCCUGUCGAAAGGUACCCAGGCAGAGCAGUGAAAGCAAAGCUAGACUGUAACCGGACCAGAGACUCCUGUGACUUCUCUUACUGCAGUGAGCCCUCCGAGCUGGAUGAAGCCGUUGAAGAGUACGAGGAUGAAAACACCCUCUUUGACAUGGUUUGUGAGUCUUCUGUUACGGAUGAGGAUAGUGACUUUGAACCCCAAACCCAAAGGCCCCAAAGCAUUACCCGCAAAAGGCCUGGAGUGGUCCCGUCUUCCCUCCAUUCAAGCUCCCAGACGCAGAUGGUGGAUGAAUGCAGCAAUGAUGUCAUCAUCAAGAAAAUCAAACAAGAAAUUCCGGAGGAUUAUUACAUUGUGGCAAACGCGGAGCUGACUGGCGGAGUCGAUGGACCAGCUCUGUCGUUGACACAGAUGGCAAAACCCAAGCCUCAGACUCACGCUGGUUCCUCCUGUGUUGGGGCUGCUAAGCUGGUCCCCCACGUAGCAUCUGCCAUCAGCACGGAGCUGGACCCACAUGGGAUGUCUGCAUCCCCCUCUGUGAUCUCCAGACCACUCGUCCAGAAGACCGCGAGGGUCUCUCUGGCUUCACCAAACAGAGGACCGCCUGGUGCGCAUGGCUCCAACCAGCAGGUGGCUAUGCAGAUGCCUGUGAGCACAUCCCAUCCUAACAAACAGAUCAGCAUCCCUCUGUCUGCCCUGCAGCUGCCUGGACAGGAUGAGCAAAUUGCUUCGGAAGAGUUCCUGCCUCACCUGCCCAGCCAGGUGUCCUCCUGUGAGGUAGCUCUUUCUCCAUCAGUCAACACAGAGCCAGAAGUGAGCUCCAGUCAGCAGCAGCCCCCAGUCGCACCAACCAUAACCACUGAGGCCACAGCACAGUGCAUACCAGACCAGGAUGAAAGAGCGGCCGAGCUCAGCAGGGAGCAGAACGAGAAAACGAUCCGGAGCACGCAGACCGCGCUCCGCAAUUUCCGCGAGUUCCUCAUCGCCAAGUACCCUUCGGAGACCAGAGAGAUCUAUGUCAUCCCCUGCAAGGAGCUGGACGCCUACCUCGCCUCCUUCUUUGUGGAUGCCCGGCAGAAGGACGGGUCCGAGUACGAGCCCAACAGCCUGGCCAAUUACCAGUGCGGGCUCGAGCGGUACCUGAAAGAACACAGGUACGGCUACAGCAUCACCCGGGACAAGGAGUUCAAGCGCUCGCAGGAGGCCCUGAAGCAGAAGCAGAUCGAGCUCCGCUGCAAAGGGAAAGGCAACAAGCCGCACAAGUCCAUGAAGCUCACCUUCGCCGACGAGCUCAUCCUGCGCAAGCGGGGGCUGCUGAGCCGCUACAAUCCCGAGGGGCUGCUCAACCUCGUCUGGCUCAACAACACCAAGGCCUUCGGCCACUGCACGGGCUUCCACGGCUCCACCCUGAAGUGGGGCGAUAUCCGCCUCCGCGUCACGGAGACGGGGCUCGAGUACCUGGAGUGGAUGGGCCAAGACAGCGGGGACCUGAACGCCAAAACCAAGAGAGGCGGCACGGACUCGCGCGUGUACGCCACGCAGCACGCCCCGCAGACCUGCCCCGUGCAGGACUACAAGGAGUAUGCGCAGCGGCGGCCGCCGGCCAUGCGCUACGAGGACGCCCCUUUCUACCUGUCCAUCAAGCCGGUCGUGAACCUGGCGGCCCUGCACUGGUACAACUGCCAGGCCCUGGGCAAGAACAAGCUGGCCAAGAUGGUGAAGACCAUGUGUGAGAAGGGCAACAUCCCCGGCCGCAAGACCAACUUCAGCGUGUACCAGAGCUGCAGCACCUUGUCCGAGGCCCAGAGCAACCAGCUGGUGCUCAUCUGCAACAACCUGAGCCAGCAGGCCGCCCAGUCGGUGGCCGGGCGCUCCGGCGGCGGCGGCGGCAACUUCGUCGUGUCCGCUUCCUAUGACUCGUCCUCGGACACCGCCUGACCGCCGCCUCGGUGACUGCCCAAGGCGACGGGGACAGCACCCUGCCUCCUUCCCGCUCCACUGCCCGCAGUGUUCAUUCACUUUCUACAGAUGCAAAUAUCUAAUAUAUUUUUCUUUUUACAAAUAAGGAGACAGAGAUAGUUUAGUAUUACGUAGUCCGUACAGGCUACAGACACACGUGCUCGCGGGUGCUAACCGUGAUCUGCUCUCACACAUGCACGCAGCCAUGGCCCUCCUCAGGCUACCCCGAGUGGAGAAGCGAUUCCGUUUUCUAAAAGCCGUCAGGGGAAGCCGAGAGUCGCCCCGGACUCUCGCGUUCCCAGCUUCUGCGUUUCCUCCCAUCCCACCUCUCGUUCUCAGUCUCUUUGAUAAAUGGCUUUAUUUUUUUAACUUUAUUGCUCACACAAAACUGUAUUCAGUCAACUCCCGAAUAUGAAAGUGUUAUAUAAGCUGACAUCAAAUUAUCUGCACAUUCUUUUUUAGACUUAAUUAGAAUUUUAGCUCCUGUGCCUCAUUUUUUGCAAUGUAUAAAACUCUAGAUGUUUAGCUAACAUCUGUUCUUUAGGGGCUGGGCGGGGGUGAGGAUAAAACAAUGAAGGUGCCAUUCUCUUUUGGAAGAUACGUAAUUUUCAAGUAAUAUGCAAAGUCUAAUAUGGUGGCAAAAAAGACUGUUACAUAGCUCAUUUUUACCAUUGUGCUUGGACCUGGAUAGAAUGUUUUUUGUCCCUAGGGAGUGAAUCUAGAUGAAAGUUUGGUUAUGAGAUACAAGAAAUUUAAAACUACUAAAGCUUUGAAAAUGUUCCCAAGCAUCAGAUUGUAUAUCAAGCAUAAAUAGAAGAUAGAGAAUGGAAACAUAUUACUAGCAGUCUAGAAGCUCUAAACAAGACAGCAACACAGCUCAUCCUGCUCAAAAUUCAGACCCCUAAAUUACUUAUUUAUGAGCAUUAAACUUCAGUAUCUUUUUCUCCAGGGGGUUACAUGACUCUGUAGUUGCAAUCAAAGGAUUACAGACCCUCAACUUUAGGUAACAACAUUUUGUUACUACACUUAGCUGAAUUCAAAACAUUCUUGACGAGGUACAAGUUUCUUCUAGAGUAAAUACAAACGCAUUUAUCUGUGAUACCUUGCAAUUGUAGUAAUAACUUUGGUUAAACAUUUGUGAUGGUAUUUCCAAGAUCUUUGUUUUCAAGUCUUGAAACCUGUGGUAAACUAUUAGUUAAGAUACUUCAAAAGUAAAAUAUGUUUGCACAUUAGAACCACAAAAGCUGAGUUAGGCUCCUAUCCCAUGUAGUCACUCACACACAUAGACUCCAAAUCCUAGUAGGUUUGUUGAAUCUGGACAUUCUGUUGGGAGGUGUGUAUCCUUCAAGGCAACCUCACAAUCCGCAUUAGCUAGGAAGGCCGACAAAGUUCAUUCCGAUUUGCCUUCCUGAGUGCCGACAGCUCUGAGCUUGCCCGUGGCUGGGCAGCCCUCUCCAACACAAAGUCACAAACACAGGAAGCCCCAUGCCUAAACCAUGACCUCUCAGUUGGCCCAGGAGGAAGUCCGCUGUGCACUUAGUGUGGUGGAAUCAGCUUUGUUUCCGUGGCUUUUCCUCCAGAGAAGCUCUCAUUCGUCUAACCUGAAAUAAGAAGAAAGAGCAGGCCAUAGCUUGCCAUUUCCCGUCUGUGUGAAUCCCGAGGGCAGCUGCAUUGUUUGAGCCAUCACUGUGCUACGGGGCUGACGUGUAGCACACACAGUUACUAUAUAGUUACUAAUUUAAAAAAGAAAGCAGAAAAUGCAUCUGUACUCAUAACUCCGCCAGCCAAAGAUAAGUACUGUUAACAUUUUGACAACUAUUUCUUCAGACAUAUUAUAUGUACACAGUUACUUCUGUAGACCUUGUCUUCAUCCUUCCAACAGCUUCGAACAGAAAGUGAAUUAUCUGCAUUUUGUGGUAGGAGAUGAAGAUAAGUCAGUUAGGUGAUAGCUAAGGAGAGGGUUGUCUGUCACCUCCCCCCAGAGUUCCUUCCACUUUCUUUCUGAGCACCAACUCCUGACGACUCCUCGUCCCCGUGCACCUGAACCACAGAGCCUUUCUCUUCACAGAACCUUCCCGUUCUCCUUAUUCUGUAACUGGUCCCUAAGUGCCCAAGACAGCCUGCUUGAAGGAAAGCGUUCUGAACAAAAUAAGCUGAUUUUUGUGGGGGUUACGUCCCGUGUUAGGAGAAGUUUCUGUAAGACACUUAAAAGGUGAUGGUGCAUUUGGAUUUUUAAAUCGAUGUGGUUUCUGAGCUCUUUUGAUGUUUUUGACAGAAAAGUAAGUCGUUUUGAGGAAGAACAGCCAGUGUGCACUAACAAAAUAGAACUGGAAUUGUUCACAUACCUCUUUAGGUUUCUCGAGGCACUGAAAAUGAAAAUCUCUCUCCUGCUUAGUUGUACUGCGUUUUCAUUUAGACAGACACCAUUAGAUGGAGGAUGUGAAUGGUUAUUUAUUUAUAUUUUGCUGUGCUAACUCAAACCAAAUAAAUAGGAACGUUGUCACCUGAAGAUGGGGUUGGCAGAGAUGUGGCCAAAUUAUAGUAUCUCUUUGAGUUUAUUAAAUGAUGAGAAAUCUGCAGCUACCUCUAAAUUUUGUGUUUUUAUCUAGACAGUAACCGAGGAUAUGCCACUGCCAGGUGCCAUUUUCAUUAUUUGGAGUUUUAACUUAAAAAGUUAUGUGUUGGAGGUGGGUGGCAACAUCAUAUAUAGGCUUCAGCCAAAAUUCAGCAGUGCAGGCAGUCACAUCAUUCGUACAGAAACAAUAAAACCCUAUUUGCAAAGUCUACACUGUUCGAUCAGCUUAGUGCCAUGUAAGAAAUCCCAGUGCAAGGACUCUGCUAGCAUUUCACUGCCUGCAACAGAAACAGUAAACCCCUCUGUCAGCAUUUGAUUGGCAUAACUGCACAAUUUUUUAAUUUAAGAGGCAGAGAAAGAACUCCUAUUUGCCAAGUCGCCUCCCCCCCCUCUUAAAUACCUAUAAAGACCCCCAACUGGGGCUGAAGCUGGCCAGAAACUCAACCCAGGUUUCCGAUGUGUGAGUGGCAGGAUCCUAAUUACUUGAGCCAUCACUGCUGACUCCCAGGAUCCAUGUUAGCAGGAAGCUAGAGUUAGGAGCCAAAGCUAGAUAUUUAAUCCAGACGUGGGUCAUGGGCGUCUUAACCACCAGGUCACCUGCCUACCCCUAACUGCAAAAUUUGAUCUUCCUUCCAUAUUCAUAGAAGUAAUUGUCUAUUAAAACCACACACAGGGUCAGCAUUGUGUUGUAGUGGAUAAAGCCACUGGCUUUGAUGCUGGCAUCCCAUAUGGAUCCUGGUUCAAGUCUCGGCUGCUCUGCUUCCAAUCCAGCUCUCUGCUAAUGGCCUAGGAAACACAGCAGAAGAUAGCCCAAGUGUUUGAGCCCCUGCUGCUCACGUGGGAGACUUGAAUGACGCUCCUGACUCCUGGUUUUGGUCUGGCCCAACUCUGACCUUUGCAGUUAUCUUGGGAGUGAACCAACAGAUAGAAGAUCUGUCUCUGCCUUGCUCACUCUCUCUUUCAAAUAAACAAAUAAAUUUUUAAAAAACACACAGUGGCAAUUUUUAAAAACUUUGUUAUUUGGAAAUGUUGGAGAGAUUUGAGAUACUUAUCUAAGAGUUUAUUUUUAAGAUUCCAUUUGUUAUCUUGGUUAUUAGGGCUGGUGUGAAGAUGAUUCUUUUUAAAACUAUUUAUUUGAUAAUUAUUUUCCUCAAUGUUAAAUUUUCCCUGUGUUAAAUUACUGCCUAAUUACAAGAGAAUAGUUUUAAAAUUUUCUAACGUCGAUUAGGUCUCUGGUUUUUCAAUUAGAUCACUGUUAGUUGAACCUUUCAUAGCAUUGACUUCUCUGUGUCCUAUAGCCCAGUUUCCAGAUGGCAUGAAAUCAAUGACUUCAUUGUAAUGAAAAUUUAUAGUCACAUCAGCAAAUAUUUAUUGAGCAGCAAAGGUCUAGACACUGAGAGAGGCACAAAGAUCCAUAAAAUAGUCCCCGCUCUCAAAGAAUUCAUCCACUGUGUUCACAUAGCUGUGCAUCUGUGUAAGAGUGUACAUGUGUCACCAGUGACUCGUGUACUGCAUUCUUACAGUGUGCCAUUGCACUAAAUGCUUCUUGAAGUUUUUACACUUAAUGCUCACGGUAGUUCUGCUAGGUAAGUAUCAUUUCUCUUUUGUGAAUAAAGAAAUCCAGAGAAGACAAAUGGGUUACCCAUGUCACCAUUAAUACAGUAGAACAUCAGUGGCAUGGGCAUUUGAUGCAGCAGUUACGGCUCUGCUUGGGACACUCCAUCUCAUAUCAGUGUGUCUGGGUUUGGAUCCCACCUCCAGCUUCCUGCUAAUGCACACCAUGAGAGAGAGCAGGUGAUGGCUCAAGGAGUUGGGCUUCUGCUACCUACCUGGGUGACCCAAAUUGAGUUACCAGCUCCUGGGGUUAGCCUGGCCCACCCCCAGCUGUUGUAGGCAUCUGAGGAAUAAACCAGCAGAUGGAAGGUCUCUGUCUUCAUCUCUGUCUCUUUCAAACAAAUGAAAAUAAAAAUUUCUCAAAUAAUAAAAAGGCAGUAAUCACCAUUAGACAUAAAAAUGCAUUAGAACAGUAAAGCAUUGAAACUACUUGUAGAUCCAGGUCCCAUUAUGCACUGUCCUUUCUGCCCUAGUGGCUUGUUAGAUAAGCUGCUUGCUGUGCUUGGAUAGUAGACCCUCUGCAGCAUCGAGUUACAAGUGAUUGCUCUCAGGGCCAGCCCCACGCCUGUUGGUUAGCACACUAUCUACAGCCUGUUGCUGUGCGUCUUUGGAGGUGGUGAGGAGUAGGGAGCAGAAGCUUUUAUCACUCUUUAGAGAGCACUUUGUCACAGAGGUGAGGCAUGACAUAUUUAAAUGAUUGUCAUCUGUUUUUACCUCCAAGAAAGCAAAAAACUCAUCUCCAGAGAGUUCUGCAUCAUUCACCCAGAGAAAGGGGCGGUUCUAUGGCAGAUCGUAUUGUUUUUACUUUUUUUUUUUUUUUUUUUGACAGAGUGGACAGUGAGAGAGAGAGAGAAAGGUCUUCCUUUGGCCAUUGGUUCACCCUCCAAUGGCUGCCGUGGCCGGCGCACCGCGCUGAUCCGAUGGCAGGAGCCAGGUGCUUCUCCUGGUCUCCCAUGGGGUGCAGGGCCCAAGCACUUGGGCCAUCCUCCACUGCACUCCCAGGCCACAGCAGAGAGCUGGCCUGCAAGAGGGGCAACCGGGACAGAAUCCGGCGCCCCGACCGGGACUAGAACCCGGUGUUGCGGCGCCGCAAGGCGGAGGAUUAGCCUGUUGAGCCGCGGUGCUGGCCUGUUUUUACUUUUUAAAAAAAGUUUAUUCUCAUUGACUUGAAAAGCAGAGCAUACAAACAGAUCUUCCAUCCACUGGUUCAAUUGCCCAGAUGCCUACAAUAACCAAGGCUGGGCCAGGCUGAAGCCAGGAGCCAGGAACUCAUCUGGGUUCUCCCAUGGGGGUGGCAGGGGUCCAAGCACUUGAGCCAUCAUCUGCUGCUUCCCAGGGUGCAUCAGCAGCAACCUGGGUGAGAAGCAGUGAUGCUGGGACUCAGACUGGGCCCUCCGAUGUGGAAUGCUGGCGUCCCUGCUCAAGCCUGCCUGGUUUUGUUUUUUAGUGAGUUAUGAGUGCUGCCGCAGAAAGCUUUGGGGGUUAAAAUAUUGUCCUGACGAUUCCCAGAAUUAGCGAUAGACUGUGAAACUGUUAGAUUUUUUUUCUAGUUUGACUAUCCCCAAAAGUUUGAUGGGAGAUAACACUAGUUAAUCUUCUGAUUGGUGUGUUUUGAUCCUUAUAUCUCUAGUCAAAAUAAAGUUGUAAUACUAAGCAUCUAUAAGUAAAAACUCUCACAUAAUAAAGCAAAUAAAUUUUCAAGCUAUGGGGGAUAUUGAGAGGAGCGUACAAGAAUAAAUUGCAGUUAAGGUUUUGUAAGACAAGUUUAUUCAUUUAAAAGUAGUUAUAAAGAAUUGGUUGACUCUGUCAAUCUGCUUAAUAAUUUCUUAAAUAGAGUUCCUUUAUGCAAGAUCUGUCUGUGCGUGUCUGUUAUGUAAUGUGGUUCAGCAGGAGCAUUGCCAAAGUCUUCCUCAGUUGUUUUGUUUUGUUUUCUCCCUUAAUGCCUGAUGUCCAGACAUUGCUUUUCUCCUGUGCUUGUCUCUGGCUGAGAUGAUAGGAGACAGUGAUGAAGCUAGGAUAAUUUCAGAGAUGCCUGCCAUUGACUAGAACUGGGAUGAAGAAGUACAUUGCAGAGGUUAUCCUGUUGGUAACGGGUGCAUUCCUUGUGAUAGAACAACAGGGGAGAAUGAGAGCUAUUGGAAAAUUACCAACAACUCUGCUUUCACUUUUCUCAGAGGAAGGAGAAAUAUGCAAGAUUUCUCAUGGUUCAGCCUGUUAAUAAGUUGUUCAACUGAGCCUGCCACAGCUGAGCAGAAGACCCGACUUAAUAUUAAGAUUGCAUUAUUUUUAAAAAGAUAACAUUUUAAUUCAUUUCAAUUGCAUUUUUAUGUAAACCAUGACUGUUGAAUUAGGAUCAGACAGAGCAGUAAUUAGGCCAGAGACCUAAUUUGAUCAGAACACGAAUUAGGCCAGGGUAUUAAUGUAAAACAGCUGUCUGUCGGAUUACACUCCUAGUGUGGGCCUAGAAGGGACCCCAGAGGUCAUCUCAUCCAGCGAUUGUGAAUGCCAGGGUCUCCGUGUCUUCUUGCAGGGGCUGGGGGUAAGGAGAUGGAAACAGCAAAGAGCACGCAUCCUCGAGCACAGCGGGCCCACUCCUUCCUGCUGUGAGACUCCCCUGACUAAAGGGGCUGCCAUUCCUCUGUCCCCAUCAUUCCCAAGGGCUGGCUGGAACGUGAGAGUGGAGGCGUCCCCUCCGGUCCGCCCUGCUGUUCCGGACCCAGGUGCUUGCAUCUUGUCCAGAUGGGAGCCACACCUGUUAGGGUUAGAGCCAGGCUGGAGCCAAGGCACGGGGCUUCCUGUCCCUAGAUAGUGUUUAGGGAAGGAAACAUCUCUCCACCCCUAAAGGAGUAUCUGUUUCUUCUUGUUAUCCGAGUUUUAAUUGUUUUUCCAGCCCUCAAAUUCCUGCUAGGAAGAAGGUGUGAAAGCUGCUAGUUUCCAAAUAGGAUAUAUUUGAAUGUGACAUCUCACUUUUAGUUGGGUAGUGUUGUAUCUGCUUGUAGCGACUUGUUUUGAAAUUUGGUAGCAUAAUCUCUAAGUGUGAUUGUUUUCAUUUUAGUUUAAUGAGCGUCCCUCAGCCUUCCCUGUUUACCUUUAGUUUUUAAUCAUGGAGAGGAAACAACCCACACCCUUUUAACUGUAUGAAUUCCAGUUACAGAUUAUCAACUAAAAGGUAACUUUGUUUACUCUGAUGUUCGCUUGGAUAUCUACCUAUUUAGCAUCUGUAGUGUUGAUUUUUGAAUGCAGUCUGCAAUAUCCUUUUUUAGUGUGUGGACCCACAGUUGUGUUUGAAGAUCAAAUUUCUAUCAACAUAAAUAGGAUGUUUCUGAAGCGCAUUUAUUUAGGAAAAGGAAAGAAUGGGAACUAAUGAAAAAGGCUUACAGCAGGAAGACCUAGAAAUAAAAAUCAUUUGUAUUUCUCCUGUUUCCUCUUCUUCUGAAAAGUAAUUCAAACAAAUAUAAAAUAUUUCACAAAUUUUUAUUUCACAAAUGAUUUUACCAAAUUGUAGUUGAAAAAAGGUCCAGUUUUUAGGAUGUGAAAAAGAAGUAUAAUGUGAUUGUGUUCUUAACGAAGUGUGGAAUUUUACUAGACUUCUAAUGUCUGUCUUGGUAUUACACUGGAGUUAGCAUUUUUACCAUUGUGCACUCAUUUCUGUAAGAGCUAUGAAAAUGUUUAGGAAUAAUUUAUUUGUGGAAAGUAGAAUUCAGAAGGUAUCAGCAAUAUAGAAUCCUAAUGGUAAUUGUGCAUACUGUAUUUUAAUGAUUUUUAUGCCAGUUUAUUUUCUGUAAUUCUUACAUUUUAUAAAUCAAACCUUAGUAUACUUCCACUAGAAAUUAAUUUAUAAUUAUUUAUACUGGAUGAAGUAGCAGAUCAUGUUUAGUAUUAAUCUACUCAGAUUAACUGAACUUUUAUAUCUAUGAUCCAUAUAUUACAACUUUUUAAAUAGCGUUUAUAACAAAAGAACUUUUGUUUUAUAAAGCAUUUGUUACAAAAAGAAACUUGCCAAAAACCAUUACAAUUUCUAUGCAUUGUGUAAUUUUCAGUGAUGUCAUUGUUGAGAUUUUGCAUGUUGUUCAAGGUGCUCUUUCGUAUGUGUGUUCGUGGUGUUUCUGUGGAACCGUUAACCAUUGCUGCUAUCACUUGUUGUAGUUAAACUGGAAAACUGUGCUAAAAGGCUGUGCCAGCCAGCAUUUGUACGUGCGACUUGAGAAAGUAUGUAUUUCGUUACGAUUUUGAGCCAGCCCUUAAUGGCCUCUACAGAAGGAAAUAUUGUAGUUGUCACAUGGUGCCAGACUUGAAUAUCCUGUUUUCUGUAUGUCAUUCCGGGCAAGUCAGCUUUUCUUCUAUGCUUUCCCAACUCUUUGCUGUAUCAGCGAAGUAUCUGCAAUUAGAGAAGGAAAGCAAGAAUUCUGAACUUUUCCAGUGCUCCCUCCCCUAGAAUUGAAAACAUUUCUUCCCUCUUGAUAUUUGAGUACCUUACAGAAAACCCAAUAGAAUGACAAUGGAGCAGCACAGUUUCCCUUGAACUGGAUAUUUUUAGGCUGAACAGUGUAACAUCAGAGGACUACGAGGUACAUGGAAUUGUUUUUGAUGGUUAUUCAUGGCUUAUUGUUUGAAUUGCAUUGAAUACUUAGUAAUUUUAUAUUAUUUAUAAGGGAUCAUUGAAACAUCCCAAAUGGGAUGCAUGGUCAGCAUCUGCCUAAACUUAGUUACAUGCCACUUGACUACUGGGGGUUUGUCUUGUGCACCUGUCAGGUUUCCCAUCUUGCCCAGCAAUUCUAAACAAAUUCUGAAAGUAGAGAGAGGAAAUGUUUUCAAUGGAUUCACUGUAGCACGCUUUGUUGAAAUUCAUCAUGGAGGAAAUAGUAUACUUUAUGCUCUUAAAAUGGAGGGUCAGUGGUCAUAGAAUGUUAAGAAGGCUGCUUGCUGAAGAGCCUUCUCAGACCGACACACCAAGCUCCUCACUGCACAGAGGGUUUCUUUCUGCCGGUUCAGUGGGUUUAUAAUUACAAGAUUGUUUUAAUAAAGGAAUAAUCUCCCAAGUUACAUGGAGGCUCUUUGUGGGACUGUCAGACACAUAGCGACAGCCAGUGCUGUAUUUGAACACAUUGCUGUGGAAAUUACCAAUUAAUUUUAAGAACAUGAACACUAAUUCAUUCAGGCCUCUGCCAUUUCUUUGCUUUAAAGCAGAAGAAAGGCAGAUUUCAACUGUGAGCCUUUUCUACAGACUAUGCUUUAAACAUUUGCUCCUCAAUGAGAUGAUAAAGCAAUAAAACGGAAAUUCAAUUAUGUUUAUCUGAUGAAAUCCUGCUUUUGUCCAUUAUCCUCCAGAGUCACAAAGAUUCCUACAUCAGGUUUUCAGGUAGAGCCUUUGUACCCAGAAUUCCUUUUAUACUUUGGCCACCAAAGACUGGGCAUGGAUCCUGAUACUACCAAUUUCUAGUAGAUAACAACGGGUGAGUUUGUUUCAAUCCUGCUCUUGGAUUUGUUUCCCACCUUUGGGUCUUCUGUAUGUUUUGUGUGUCUGUCCUGAGGCCUUUAUGCCUAGGAUAGUUUUUUAAAUAAUACUACUCAUUAGGUUUCUAAUUUAUAGUUUCUAGUUUCCCCCAGGAUCACAGGUCUUCACUACUAAAGUUAGACGGAUUUGCCACGUUAGCCCAUGGGUGAGUGAAAGUUUGUGCUUCAUAAUACGAAACUGUAACUACAACCCCAUAGGCCUAAAAACUGGGGAGAGAACGAAUGGGAGCAUUUUGAAUUCAAUAGAAUCACCAUGUAAGCAUGACUCCUGUAUCUGUUAAAAAUGAAGAACUCUAGUGGUUCAGCAGAACGAAAGGUGUAUUCAACUCCAAUAAGGUCUUCCAUUUCUUCUGAUGACGAAUGUUUUUAAGGUUCCUUUUACCCUAACCACUUAGAAGUUAACUGGGAGUAAAAAGUUACAUUUACAAAGUUUUCCACUACAAUUUAAGAUCCAGCAUUUGUUUAGAGAUACGAUAACUGCAACCAACACUUAGAAGAAAAUUUAUGAAAAAAGUACUGUACAAUUCUUUGAGAAUGCAUCUUACUUUCUCUCCUUACUUAAUAGAUUGUCAUUUUUAUUUAGCUUUUCUGGCCUCUUGCCUUUUAACUGAUUUAUAUGAAAAAAGCGCAUACUCCUUUUUCAUCCAUUCAUAUUUUAGGACUUUUUUUUAAGCUGCUACAAUUAUAAUUUGGGAAAGAGAGAGAUGAACUAAAAUGGAGAGAAGCUUCUUUUAAUAUGUUCCAGUGUGUGACUCUGAUGCUCUCGGCCAGGUCAUCCUCUGCCGGUGACGUUGGUGGGAACGUGUAGAACUCUUUGUUAUUAAGAGUAAAUACUGCUGGUUUCAUUUUUAUUUUGCUGCUCACUGAUCUUUUACACUAAGAUGUUUUCAAUUUUAUCAACUCGCUGUUUUGGCUUCAUAUUUGUGUACUUGUGCUCUAAAUAAAAUUCUAGUUUUAUGUCUCA